GCCGGGCAAGGGGCGGAGCGCUGGGAGGCCGCUGGCAGCAAACAUCCCGAGCCGUCAGCUCACCACUUCCUCUGGCUGCUGCGAAACUUCUCAGGCGGCGGCGGCGGCGGCGGCGCGGGACUGUGGCAGGGGCAGCGCCCCGGGGAGCGGCAGGCACUGACUGGAGCUGCUGCUGGGUUCCAUUUGCCUUCCCUCAGGGCUGAACGCCCAGCAAGGGGACCGCACCAGCCACAGGCGGGGAGAACAGGUGCCCAGCCGGCCAACGGCAAUGGAGCAGGUCAGCUCCUUCUUUGACUCAUUCUGGAAUCUCAUUCACACCAAGCACCAGGAGGGCAUCUUCAACACCGUCUGCCUGGCAGUGCUGUUGGGGCUGCCCGUCCUAGUCCUCCUCGUCCUCCUAGUUAUCUGCUGUCACUGCUGCUUCUGUAGACAGCAGAGCAAAGGCAGCAUCAACAGCAGCAGCAGCAAUGGGCAGGUCCCAGCAGAGAGGAACAAAAAGAGGAAAAAGAAGGGUGAAGAGGACCUGUGGAUCUCGGCUCAGCCCAAGCUGCUCCUGCUGGACAAGACACCAUCGCUGCCUGUCUAGUCGGAGGGACGGAGCCAAGACCCUCCUCCCCAGGGAGCCCUUCUGGCCACGUGCUGCAAGGAGAUGUUGUGAUGGCUCCGUCUCUUUUGAUAAUGACUUUAAAACCAGGACUUUCAGGACAAGCCAGACAACUAGUGAGAGCACGGAGACAUCACUAGAAGGCACGCAGUCCAGCAUAUCUUUACAUGCACACCCAGAACUGGACUAGGCAGCGUGCUCUAGGACACACACAUCCAUGUGCACAAGGACGUGCGUGCGCUCACAUGUACAAGCAUUCACGCAGCUAUGAGCACACAGAUAUUCACCUUCAUGUGCACAACAUACCUGCACUCCCAUGCAAAUGAACCCAAUGUCACGUGCACAAAGCCAUGCGUGCCCAGGGAUGUGCACCCCGACAGGCACAUGAACAUACAUGUACACAAGAACAUACACGCAUGCACUUGAAAACUAACCCACCCUGGCACUCCUCUGCACAUGCACGGGCUCUUGCUCCUGCACAGACAUGAGCACAUAGUUACAGCACAAUGAAAAGGGUUUUCCUUCACACCCUGGCAAGCUAUUGCUUCACAGCUCCUGAAGACACAGGUAUCCAGCCCACUGCUGGAGCUUCCAAUGGGGCUUCCUAACCCAGCCCUGCCUUACAGGCCAAAAGACGCUCCCCCAAGGCAGCAAAGCAGCCACCCCUACUGCUGGCAGCCACCCCCAUAACAGAGGAUGGCAAGAACAGAUCAAAAGUGGCACAGUAAGAGACUGAAACCUUUGCACUGGCACUACAAAGCCUGUCUAAGACUGGCCUUGGUGCAGACUGGUCCUUUGGCAGCUCGUUCUGCUGCAAGGAAGGUGGCUUCAUUUCUGUACUGCAGCGAGAGAGAAGACUCCAGCUAAUUCUGCACAGAAGCUUGGCUCCAGCAUUAGAGUUAUUUAUUUAAUGACUACUAGAAAGGGUUCAUUCAUGGAACCCAUGUAUACUAGUCGGCCAUGUAUACUAGUUGGGCCUCGGAACAUUGACUCCGUGCAAUAACUUAGGCCAUGCACCCCCCCGGCACGCUAGACACACACGCAGCCAGAGCCACACUCCCACAGACACACAGGCAUGCCCAUGUAGCAGACCCAGACAGUGAUACACACAAAUGGGCACACACAGGGAGUAGCUCCUGCCAUCCAGCUGUGCCGCUGGUCCAAGGAGCACUGCAAGGGCAGCUGGCUCUGGAAUACAGCACGAAGACAUAGAAGGGAGCCUGAAAUCCAGAUACACUUCAUACCUCCUGCCCACCAAACCUUCCCUCCCGCCCCAUCCCGCCCUAAGAGACAUUGUCCCAGACAGAACCCCCCCACACACACACUUCACAGAAGCGUCUUCCUCCCACUCCUGAGAUCUUCCUCUUCUUCUCAAGCAAGGCAGCUCAUCCCAUUCCCGCAGCCAGUCAGCAGGCCACAGCCAUCUGUGCCCCCUGCUCCACCUCUGACCCCACUCACGCCCUCUUUGACUGCAGUCUAUUCCCCAGGGCUCCUGCCUGACUCCUCCCCCUGCAUGCACUAUUGUAGUUAUCAUCAAGGUUUAUUUAAGUCACACUUACAUGGUUUGCAAAUAAACAGAGUGGGUGGAUGCCAUCAUCUUUCCAACAAGCCAGUGCAAGAGACAAAUAUUUUUGCUCUAAAGGCUCUGCUGGAAACAUUCUGCUUUAGUUUAUUUUUAGCCUCCCAGAGCAGACUACCCAGACAGUUCAGGGAAGCACACAAACCCAUCCGGACCAGCCCUGGUGGAGCAUGCCAAAUGGUACAGCCUCCAGCAUGGCAGACUCCUGUGUGGUGACCUCAUCUGCAGCAGGGUGUCUCACCCACCCUCCACUAGAAGAGCUCUCUGACUCUUGGAUACCCUUCUGCUAGGGUAAGCGGGCAGCAGGGCAAGCUGGCUGGGGCUUACAGAAUCAGCCACUUCUGCUGUGCCCUCAAAGUGCAGCCCAAUUUGUCCGACUUUGUGACAUCACUUCAUGGGGUUUGGCCCUCACUCAACUGUGUUGUUCGGAGCCUCAACCCCAGACGACUCCUCACCCAUGCCUUUAAGUAGAUGCCAUUCAGCUCCUUCAUUCACUUCAUCUCCAUUAAAAAAAAAACAGGGACCACCCAAUUUCAAGGCUGAGAGGCAACAAAUAAGAGUCAGAUUUUAGCUUAAACAGCCUUAAGGGAAGCCUGAUCCUAGAUACCAACUCUCCCUGAACAUCUCUCGCUCCCCCACUACCCCAGCUUCUGCUCUGGGAUAUUUGAUUAUAAAAUUACAUCAUUUUGGAAACAGAGAGAGAAAUAAUCUCCCUCUCCCUCUCUCACACACACAAAACUAGAGCUAGAGGAAAACAUAACUGGGGGUACAAGCACUUACUGGCUGGCAGAGAGGAAAAUAUAGCUAGUUGUGACAUGGCUAUCUUUGAGCUACAGCUGUUUUGCUCUGCCAUAGUUAAAAGACCCAGAAAGGCAUCCCGGAAAAAUGCUUCCUGUGAGGGCCCUCAACCCUGUCAGGACCAGAGAGUCAGAGGAAAGGGCCGUGUCUGCAUAUAGGCACUCUACCACGGGCCCAAACCAUUAAAUCCAAACACGCCCAAACUUUGGGGAAGUUCAAAAUCCUACCCCAACUUUAUAGCCCUGAGCCAUCUCUUUAAUGGACUGAGCCCACCAGCCCAGAACUCCAGCUCCUGAUGACUUGGCCCCAUCUCUAUCCACUACAUACAGUCAAAAGAGCAAAGCUUAGGAAGCUGCCUUGUAUGAGAGCCAUCCUCUUGGCCAAUACCAGGGAUCGAACCAGCACUUCCAGAACUGAAAGUGAGAGCGUCUGUAGCUUGAGCUGCAGAAUACCCAAUCCUCUAUGGGUCUGUGUGACACAUGCUAACCAGUAGGUUCCAUCUGCACAGCCAACAACAAGGCAGUGUCUGAUGCACGUUCAGUACACCCUGAUAAGGCCCACCUGGGCUCAGGUUCCUACAGCUAGCUCUGCCACUGUGGAGAAUAGCCUCUGCCUUGCAGACAGUUCAUGUGCAUGCAUCUGGAUUUCAGCAUUGGCCUCUUCUGCACAGUUCAUGCUCAAGAAAAAUUUUUAAAAUAAAACUUUUUUUUUUUUUUUU